AAUGGCUCAGCAAGAGAGGCUGGAGAUAAAUGAAGGCGGCGCAACGCCUAUGAAUUAGUGCUUGUACAGAGAAUUAGUGGACUUGCAGUUCCCUAUAAGCCAUGACGAUGAGUGUUUGUAUCUUGUUGGCCACUUUACACCUUUGUAAGCAGCCCGGUGAGGCUCCAUCACGGGCUACAAGGUGGGGCUGCGGGGAACAAGAAUCCUAAGCAGUAGUAGUAGACUGACCGAACCUAAGCCCUGCCGCAAAAAGCAUCUAUUCAAGUAUUUAGCACUCCGCUAUUUAGACCUCCUUUUCGUCCGCCAACCUACUUAGCACUGCUCACCUCUCUCUUUAGCAGUUCUUUUCUGGCCUACUGGCAUCACAAUAAUGGCUACUCCUAAGAAGUUGAACUUCAUCACCGGUAACAAAAACAAGCUGGCUGAAGUCAAAGCGAUAUUAGGAACUGUAAUCGACGUUGAGAACCAAGCAGUCGACCUACCCGAGAUACAAGGCACGAUUGAAGAUAUUGCCAAGGAGAAGUGCCGACGAGCGGCAGAGGUGGUGGGAGGACCGGUGCUAACGGAGGAUACUGCGCUUGAGUUCCAUGCUCUGAAAGGGCUUCCUGGACCCUACAUAAAGUCGUUCCUUGAUGCCUUGAGUCAUGAAGGUCUUAAUAAAUUACUUGACUCAUUCCAUACCAGAGCUGCGGAGGCUGUCUGCACAUUCGCGUUUUCUAGCGGGCCCGGUUCGGACCCAAUUCUUUUUCAAGGUAGAACAGAGGUAAGGUCCAAUUUGAACCACCACAUCUUUCAUUGGAAGCUGACGCCUUUACACAAGGGCACCAUUGUGAGACCAAGAGGACCUGCGAACUUUGGCUGGGAUCCGAUCUUUGAGUAUCAAGGCAAGACUUAUGCGGAAAUGGACAAAGAGGAGAAGAACUGUAUUUCACAUAGAUAUAAAGCUUUGGUCAAGUUGCAGAGCUGGUUGACAGACGGACGUUUCUGAUCUGACUUGUGGAGUUCAUGGUCAGAGUCGGUGCUGGUUCUGAGGGGGCCCUUGGAUAAUUGGGACAGGCUCAGUAUGAUUUGUCUGCCCGGUCUCUUUUCCAAGACCCUACCCAGCUGGAAAUUCUUGCGCAGUUGGACUCUACAUCAUCGUCCUUCUCGCUAUUCAACUCGACCACAACUGCUUCGUCGAACGCUUCUCGAGCCUCUUCAAGCAAAAUACCAAAUAUCUCAGCAUC